GAUGGCUUGCCAUCUUGUUGAUCUCUUUCUCCUCUUUUUAAACAAUGUUACUUGAGAACAGAAACAAACCGCAAUUUCCAAUGGUUCCUCUCGACAGAGUCAGCAGUCCAUUUUUGGGUGAAGCAAGGAUUGAAUUGCUUCCUACGGGACUUGCUAAUAUGACAGCAGCACAAGAAAAUAGCGACCCUAUUAUUAUGACUGGAUCUGUUCUUCGAGGCAUUGUAGAUCUGACAAUUCACCAAUCAAGUUUUUGUGAUUCGCUACGUUUGAUAUUUCAUGCAUCCGAAUCACUGCCGCUACACACAAUCGGAGCUAGCAUCACGCACCGCAAAUACCAGCAAUUUUUUGGAACGCAAAAGGUGUUGGUGUCGAGCCAAGAGCUAGAGCCCGGAUCACAUCAGUUGCCGUUUGCCUUCCAAUUGCCGCAAGUGCAGUAUCCACCCUCCAUGGAACAUAAAACUUCGCGCUACUCGUGCCGAUUUAAGCUUACGCUUUACGCAGGAGCAAGUGAAGUGGUUGCAAGCAAAGAAGUCGUGUACAGGCCAUUGGUCGAAACACGGCUCCUGUAUACACCGCUGAUCAAAAGCUUUCGUGUCGCCAAGCGGUCCUACAGCGCCAAGAUCCAUGCCUUGGAUUACUUGCCGGGUGACACUAUUUUUCUUCGACUUAUGCCACAUGACAGCAAGAAUGAAGGCAGGAACUCGAGUGGGGCCGCCGACAAUUGUGGCGGAGGAUCAACGAUCGCUGAUGUAUUACUACUUCAGGUAGUCGAGAUCAUCACACUGCUCAACCAACACGACGUGAAACUGCAGCCGCUUGUGAAUGUUGUAGCAUCCUCAGCAUCAAUUAAACCAUCGAUAACCUGUGCUUCAUGUUUGUACAACAACAAUGAUGAAGAAGGGUUUACUGGUGCACUGUCCAUCUCUUUGCCAUCGUCGCUUCCGCCGUCUGUCAGCUAUGGUCGAAUCAUUACGGUCAGCUACCGCCUCAGACUCGUGUUGCCGUCACACAAAAGAAGCCUAUGGUCGGCGAUCAACAGAGACGAAAAGAUACUGUUCGAUUUACCGAUCACAAUAGGCACAGCUGGCUAUGACACACACAACUCCAUGCAGCAACUACAAGUGUAUACUACAUUUUCUAAUAUUUUUGCUUCUUCACCGGAUUCCGAACCUUCUCCAUCAUCAUCAUCCUUUCCAUCUCUCCCUGUGAUGCCUGUACCGCAUUCUUUACCCACGAUGACGCCUAACCCGGAAAAUCGGAUAUCUGGUGGUGACAAUGAUGACGGAGAAGAUGCUUUACCACAGUAUAGUAGCUUAAGGCUACCCGCAUAUGACGAGACCAUACUGCAUCGUUCGAGCAAUCAUUAGUUGUACAUCAUCUGUUUUUGGUGGCUCACCACUUCUGUAUUUACUAUGUAUUAUAUUACUCUGUGUUCUUUUUUUCCAAACCUAUGUAUGUACAUUUUGCAUGCAAAUAUGUACUCAUGUUGGUCAUUGAUAAUAAUAAAAUUGUCCUUAAUAAGUAUUUUU